GCCCCGCCCCUCGCCGCCCGCUCGCCCUUGGCCACCACCGCCAUGUUCCGCGCCCGCCGCCUCCUCCUCCUCCUCCGCUCCGCCGCCCGCCCGGCCCUGCCGGUGCCGCCGCCCCGAGCCCGCGGUUAUGCCGAAGCCGCCGCCGGGCCGGCCCCCAUGGCCUUCACCUUCGCCUCGCCCACGCAGGUGUUUUACAAUGGCGCCAACGUGAAGCAGGUGGAUGUGCCCACGCUGACCGGCUCCUUCGGUAUCCUGGCCUCUCACGUCCCCACCCUGCAGGUCCUCAAACCGGGAGUGGUGACGGUCUAUGCUGAGGAUGGCACAGCCACCAAGUACUUUGUGAGCAGCGGCUCCGUCACGGUCCACGCGGACUCCACUGUGCAGGUGCUGGCGGAGGAGGCGGUGACGAUGGACAUGCUGGAUCUGGCAACUGCAAAAUCAAACCUGGAGAAGGCUGUUUCAGAGAUGGCUGCAGCGUCUGAUGAAGCAGCUAAAGCAGAAGCUCAGAUUAAAGUAGAAGCUAAUGAAGCCCUUGUAAAAGCCCUGGAGCAAUGAAGGAAUCCCACUGUGGAUGUAGAGAAACCCCAGAGUGUCCUACUUGUCCUGGCUUCCCCGAUUGUACAGAUGGUGCGGGACAAAUGGAGGCGGAGAAAACGCUCUGAUCAAUUAAAAGGAAACGUAAUCCCG